UAUACUAUCUAUUUCUAUUUACAUGUAGGACAAUGGAUUAUUCCAACUAUUAGUGGUCAGUGUUGUCCUCCUACUAGUCACUUUGCUAUUGAAAAGAUUACUAAUAAUAAAGCUGUCAUGUUUGGUGGAGCAAUGGCUAGUGAUGAUGGCUAUGAUAGAUCUGUUAAUACAGUCUAUACAUGUCAACUGGAGUCUGAUACUACAAUACACUGGGAGAGUGUUAAGGGACCAGUAGUACCUGCUAGUGUACAGUGGCCUGUGGGGAGACAUUCUCAUGCUAUUACUAGUAUCAUCAGUGACUCACCUACACUAGUAAUGAUAGGUGGAGAGGGUAAUGAUGAGCAACUAGUAAAUGAUAGUUGGUUACUGAAUACUAGUCAGUACCAGUGGAGUAAGAUUGUUCUACCCGAAUCUGUUACUGGUAGACACUCUCAUUCCUUAUCAUCAAUAAUGAUGAGUCCAGACUGUGUGUGGUUGGUGGUAGUGGGUGGGGAAGGAGCAAUUGAAUGGAAAGAUGUAGGAAGAGGAUAUGAGCAACCAUUUGCUGACUAUAUCACUGAUCCUAAUAUCACAAUGUUAAUAGAACUAGGUAAGAACUGAACUAUUUUGUAUUGUAUGUACUGUAUAGAGGGAUUUAUUGGAGAUACAACUUAAGUUUGAAUACAUCAUUGCUGGUAUUCCAUAACAUAACAUGAGGGAAUUAUUAU